CAACGGGAUACUUUCGUGUUAUUUAAAAUGUAUCAACGGUUCAUACUAGUAACAUUAUUUUCAUCAAGAAUAUUGUUCUGAGAGUAUUGGUAUGGCCAUUUUGUCAUGGUAAACAAAGUCGGCCUACUGCCAGUUAAUGAGUAAUCGCCAACUGCUACCGAAUGCUAGUGUAGCUUUUGUCUGUCAGUUAUCAAAUUACGAAGUUUUAAAGUGACGUCCUAUAUCACAACUUAAAAUAGGCCUUUAAUACACAGUUUGUGAAGCCACGUCAUCUUUAUACUGGGCUGUUCUGUAUACCCAAGGUCAAACCAUUCAACAGUGAUGGAAAGGCCUGUGAAGUUGUGAAUUACUUGCAAAGUUCCGGACAGUUUCCUGCAGGAUUCCGGGAGUUGCUCCCCUGUAAAAUAUCCAUAUACAGAGAAGUGUAGACGAUAAACGACGUCAGUAUGGGUAAAAAGAUGUUACGCUUCAACCAUCCCAAGCCAAAGUCAGAUGAUGAGGUGAAGAUUGAAAGUAUCCACUUUGAGGAUAAAAAGUCCAAACCUAUACAGAUGGUCCGCCUCGUUCUGAUCCUACUCCUCGUCAUAGUACUCAUCGGAAGUCUGGCUGUGUUUUCUGUCGGGGUGCUGACCCAUGAGGUGGAAUAUGGAAGUAAACAGAUAUCGGACCUGAUUGGUGUGGCCAUGUAUCAAGUUGACUCCAUCAUGAUGAUCGGCGCCGGCAUGGCAGCAUUUCUCACUACCAUCCUUGGCCUCAUUGCCAUCAUGAAGAACCACAGAUGUCUCCUGGGAUUGCACCUUGUCAUCCUGGCGUUCCUGUCAAUCAUGCUGUUUGUGGGCGGGGUUCUAGGAUACAUCUUCAUCGCCGAGCUGGAGGAUACAGUGGAAAGGACUUUUGAAAACAGCAUAAAGAAAAACUAUGGUGUGAAUCUCCACGUGGACAAGAACCGUGAUAUCACUAAUGCUUGGGACAACGUACAGAAAACGUUUGGCUGCUGUGGUGCCUAUGGUAAUGUCAACAGUACGACGUCGUGGGCCAUUUACAAGAAACAUUCCUACUGGUAUCUGGAUGGAAUCUCUAACGGCAGUAUGGUGCCAGCAAGCUGUUGUGGAGAAGGAGAUGUGUCGAUGUGUACUGGAAGGGCCAAUGGGACUGAUCAGCCUAAUGCUCCACCAUAUGUCGGCCCCCCAUCACCCAAUGUUGGAGGCUUGCGCUACUCACUCUACACAGACGGUUGCUAUGACAAACUUCACUCAUACCUGGUGCAGAACGGUAUCCUCAUCGGCACAGUGGCCAUAGUGGUGGCCGUCUUCAUGAUCAUACAGAUGUCGCUGAGUAUCUUCCUGCACAGAAAAAUGAAGUUCAUGAACCUGUAAGAGACACUCCAGAACAUCUACCUAGCAAUCUGUGAUCUAUUUUGUUUAAUUACUUAGCCCUUGGGCUGCAGUAACCUCAUUUACCAUGGCACUGUGUAACCGUCGUCAUUCAGAAUGUCCAAAUUUUAAUUUAUCCUGGAAUCAUUCUAAAUUACUUUGAUGAUCUUAAUCUUUAGUAAGAUUUUUUACCAGGAAGUAAUAUUUGAAGUUGCGUGUACUCUUAACAUGUAGACAUGCAAACACUGUCAGACUAUCUUUACUAUAAGAUAUUGAUAUUGACUUAAGAGUUGUACCGGAUGAGUAAUUCAGGCCUAUGGGGCUAUUGUUUAUGUUGUGAUUUUUGUUCGCAUUUGACAUCAGAGUAAUAAGAUUUAUGUAUCAAAUAUCAAGAAAAGAAAAAGAAAAUACUCAGCUUAUUGAAGAAACUUUUUGAUAUAUGGACAAGUAUAGUGAUGUUUAUUAUAAAACAAACUUUAGUACAUGUUAUAGAAGAGCUUGUAUUGAAGACAGUAUUAUUUUCAAGAUGUUUACUGAAUUGUACUUUUAUGGAAGAAUAUUUGCAGUAGAUGUAUUCAUGAAUUAAUAUUUAACCCCAAAAUAAUACACAUUUACGAUAAUUAGGUAUUGACAUUAAAGAUAUAUGUAACCUUUCUGUGAUAUACAUCUUCAUUAAAGAGAGUUCGAACAAAACAAAACAAAAAGAUUUUUACAUUAUUGUUCAAUCUAGAUAGUGUUGGAAGAAAAUUCCCAUUUGCAUCAUGGGGAGAUAACUCAGACACAUUAUGGGAAAGGUAGCAUAUAUCCUUAAAAGCGUGAUCAUGUUUGGAAAAAUUAAUAUAUGUUAGUGUGAUUUGGAAAUAAUAACCAGUAAUCGUAUUGUAUUAAAGAUGCUUGAUCUUUAUAGUAGGUAGAUUAUUUCUGUAAAAUAUUACUAUUCUGUAAUAAAAGUAAGACUUGAUGCAGAAUGUUCACCCUUCCCUUGGAGAUUAAAACUUUAAAAUCAACAGGGCCCAUGUUUACUCUGUAAUAUGUUUCUUAUUUGCUUUAAGAUUUGUUGUCAAUAAAAUGUAUUAGUUAUUUAAUUAUUUCCACUUCUUUGUAGAUUUAGCAUAGAUAUAUACAGAUUUUCACUUAAUGAAAUAAUCCUGUGUUUUUUUAGAGGUAGUUAGUUUAUUUCCAAUGCUAAUGACAGUGUAAAAUUGACCUUGGAAACAUUCCUGUCAACAUAAUAUGAAGGACUGUUUGGCACCUCCUGGAGCCACUCCCAGCUUUGGUAGGGAUCAAAUAAUAUUUCUCCCUGUAAUACAGAUUAGUAAAAAACUGAAGAAGAUAUGAUUUUGAAGGGUAAGUUACGUUCUACACUGCAGUUAACACUAUUGAAGAAAUUUUCAAUUUAAAUAAAUUUAUGUUCAUAUUCAACUGAUGAAUAUUGAAUUGUUCACAUUUGAUGUAAUCAAUAUUCCCAAUAUUAUUUUUUCGAAAUCUCAGAUCAUAAUUUAAAUAUACUAUAUAAAAAAUAGGCUUUAUCAGUAUUGCUAUUGUCAAUUAUAUAUACUACAGAUUCAGAAAUAAAGAGUAUAUUUUACAAGAAUAUUUAUUCUAAAAGGAAGUAUUAUAGAUGGUGAUAUAUUUAAAUGUACAGACAGUGGAUGCGUAGUGAUAGUACAAACCGUGUAACCCUGUAAUUUAUGGAAUUAAGUUUAUAUUUGAAGGACUAAACAUAAUCAGCAGUAAUACAUGUAUCUAUAUGUGCAUAAUAAUUUUGACAAAGCUUCAUAUUUCCUUGUAUUUUCGUCUAUUGAAUUUUAUCAACUUCUUUUGUUCCAUGAUCAAAUAAUACCGUCUUUCCUUAUGAUGAUGUACAUUUUUCAGAAGUAAUAAUUUUGAAAGAUUUGUUAACAUUGGUGUGUAAGUCUUGUCAUUGAGUUAAUGUUAGCUAAUGUUCACAAGUUACCAACUCCGUCCAUAUAUUUUCCUGUUUUAAAGCAUUGUUUGUAGGAUGGGGUAGGUGUUGUUUUUAUUUCACUAAUGUAGCAAUAAAAAAGUUACCAAACUAAUCUUAUAACUAAUUAAUGAACAAAAACAUACUGAAUAUUUUUUUUCUGACAGCAAUAACUUUCAUGAAAUGCAGCAAGCUAGAAUUAAAUGUUUAUAAGCAAUGAACAAAAAAUAUGCUGAAAACUAUUUGACAAGUUUUAAGAUAAUUUGAUACAUAAUGGUACUCUGUCAUCUAUUCAUUAUCAGAGUUGUAUUGUAAAGUAUUCAAACUUCAUACAACCUCUCAUACAGAAGUCACUGAUUUUUAAUGUUUUACCACAUAAUUAUAGCAAUGUUUGGAGAUUUUUAGUGAUGAUGUGUUUGUUGUUCCAUUCCUAUUGUUAUUCACUAGUAACCAUUGUUAAAUCAGCAUUGUUUGGCUAUUAUCUGUCUCCAUCAUCAUAUAUAAUGUUAUAUGUAUUGAAAUGUUUAUAUUUUCUUGAAAAUAUAUGUAUAACUUACAUAGCCUCCUAAAAUCACACUGGUUUUAGUCAUUCUAUCUGAUGAAAUAUUUAUUCAAAUAUGUAAAAUGAUAAGAAAGACAGGCGAAGAUAUUCAUUCCAUGAAAUGUUAAUUCUUAUUUCCUGCUUUGAAACGAUCAUUGAGGGUAUUUUGGUGAAUGAUGUUGGAAGCUGCAAAUACAGAUUUGAUGCAUUAAGUAUUCUUGGUUCACCACAGAAAAUUUUCCACAGCGUUUUAGUAAUUUAUCUUAUUAUUUAUUUUGCCAGCAUAUAUACAGUCAGGAAUCACAUAUACAUGUAUAUAUAUAUAUAUAUAUAUAAAAAAGGGUAUAUUUGGAACCUUUAUGUAGAACAAGGGUAAACUAUCUUCUACAAGGGUAUUUUAUUGUUAGAAAUAUUCCUUCUUUAAUGCCCAUGUUUUUAAACUUGAGUUGGGAGUACAUCAAUUUUUUAAAGUGAUACAAUGCAAAUUUGCUCACACGGAAAAUGUAAUGAAAUUGUUGUGAAAGGAAUGUUCUUCUUUCAUGGUAGUAACACAUUCUGCAAUACAGUGUUGUGAAAGGAAUAUUCCUCUUUCAAACGUAGUAACAUGUUUUGUAUUGUAUGUAGAUUUUGUCAAUAUACUAGUUUGUUUUUCACAUGUAAAAGAUAAUGUUUGCUCAAUGUAGAGUAUACUCUGGAGCCAAUAUAUCUCCACGUAACUCAUUCCAACGCAUAAUAUUGAAGGUAGCCCUGGGUUAACUAGUACGUGUGUGAGUUAUUUCUAUAUCGUAGUUACCGGAUCAUUCUAGUGGCUGGUAAUUAAAGUAGUUUGUUUAUACUGUUGAUAUAUGUUUGUAAAUCAUUUUUUUUCAGUCUCAGAAUAGUGCAGUUUGUAAUUUAAUAUUUUUUUUUAAAUACAUUGUAUACCACCCGUUAGUUACAAGGAGUUUCAAGUAUACUGUUGAGAAAGUUACAAUGUUUCAAGUAUACUGUUGAGAAAGUUACAAUGAGUUUCAAGUAUACUGUUGAGAAAGUUACAAUGAGUUUCAAGUAUACUGUUGAGAAAGUUACAAUGAGUUUCAAGUAUACUGUUGAGAAAGUUAUAAUGAGUUUCAAGUAUACUGUUGAGAAAGUUACAAUGAGUUUCAAGUAUACUGUUGAGAAAGUAUUGAGGUUACCAUCAUUAUUUAUAGAAAAUAUUGAAGUUACCAUCAUUAUUUAGAAAGUAUAGGGGUUUCCAUUAUUCUUGAAAAACUUGGAAAGGGAUGGCAAGUCUGGGUCAUAAUAAUACAAUAAACAAGUAAAGAGGAAUAACCUCAAGUAAGUUUGGCAGAGAACUUUGGUAUUGGAAAAUAAAAACAUCUAUAUCCUGAUUUUUUUCAUAUAAAUUUAUCAUCUCGUUCUCUUUCAAGAUCAUGGUUUUGGAAAAAAAAGUUGUCUUAAUUUGUUGAGUUCAUGGACUUGUGACUUUGCAUGCCUGUAGGUGCAUGGUGCAUUGAAAAUGUAUUUCACAUAUCAAAUAUUUAAUAGCUGUAUAGAUUUUUGUCAUGAUAAAUGUCUCAAAUUUACGAUGUAACCAAGAAAAAGAUAAUAUUAUGUGCAUAUAAAGUAGUGGAAUGUCCCAUUUUAAAAAUUUGAUAUGAAAAACAAUACAUUUUUAUUUAUGACAUUCCACAGGUUAUGUCAAGACACAUUGUAUAGCAUUCAUAGAUUGAAGUGAUGCUUGAUUUUUGUUAUUUACCAUGUUCUCAUUACUGGUCAUGACAAGUUAAAUGUUCCCCUUCAAAAGAUGACAUAAGAUCAUAUAUAUACAGUCUUCAACCUAAUAAUCCCAUAUGCCAGUAAGCCAUCUUCCUUCAAAGAUUGCUGUGCUUACUAGUAAUUUAAGACUGUAAAAAGGUUGCUUAUUUCAUUGUAAUCUUGAAACCAAAGACUGUUCAAAGAAAUGGAAACAAAUUCUUGUUUUUCUAUUAAAAAAAAAAAAAAAAAAAAUUCCCCUGUAUUUCUCCUAUAGAUAGUUAGCUCUUAUAAGAUUGAAUACAACAAUUUAUGAAUCUUAAAAUGAUCUUGAUUUAUCAGUUAACAUUUAUAAGCAGAUGAUUUGACAUUACUGUUUUCAAUCCUUCUGGGCCCUAUGUUUACAUUAUGGCCGUAUUUUUCAAUAUAUAUAAAGUACAUACAUAAGUACAACAUAUGUUGAGCAUCAGAUGAAUUGAUUAUUUUGAUAUUUCAGGUAGAACUGAUAAACAAAAACCAUAAAAAGGAUAAAUCCGAUGUAUUACAUAUAUUUUGUUUACAGUGUACAUGUAUAUAUCUGAUAUGCUGUAGUGAUUCUCAAUUUCUGGUCAAACUCUCUCUGUGAUGAAUAUUUCAUUAAAUGUUUUGCAUAUA